AUGUCUGCUUAUCUGCCGAAGGAUCCCUCAGCUCCACAACGUUGGAUAUGUGUCUAUCCGGUUUAUAUUGAUAAAAAUAAGAAAAUACCAGAAGGUAGACGAGUAUGUAAAGAGAAAGCUUGUGAAAAUCCAACAGCGGAGGAGAUUAGAGACAUCUGUAGAUCGCAAGGCUUUGACGCGGAAAUCGAACGCAAGCAAUAUCCUCGUAACUCUUACUUUGAUAAUCCUAGCAAGGGUAGAGUACGUAUUAGGAUGUUUAAUAACGAUCAGACUUUGGCUAAUCCCAAAUUUAAAACCCGUAAGCAACUUUUAGUAUUCAUUGGUGAAAUGAUACCAAAAUUAAAGAGUAGACAAGCUCCCAAAGGUGCCGAGGGUGGUGCGAGUGGAGCAGACGCUGGUGGAAAUGUUGGUGGUAGCACAUCGAAAAAGAAGAAAAAUAAGAAAGGAAAACGUUAG